UGUGAGAGGGACUUUGUUCUGUAUUGAUAGCUGCAGCCGGAUCAAUGCUGCUACAAGUGGGGCCUCAAGGUAAGAGCUGUAAAAUCUGAGCUUGAGCGGUGUCCCUGAAGGCGUCAGUCCCCGGGAUGUUAGUACCCUCCCUGUCCCCGCCGCCGCCGCCGCUGCUGCCCGCUGCCCAGGCUGCUGCUGCUGCUGGCUGCGGGCUGCGGGGCUCGGGAUGACGCCACCUCUCGCUCCGCCCCGCCGCUAACUCGCUCUUUGCGUUCAUUUCAUUCCUCUUCUCAUUCCGAGCAUUCUUCGCAUCUCUGUCAGUGCGCGAAGCGAUUCACCUACACCUUCCUGGCUGGCCCAGAAACACCAGAAUAACUUGACAUAGUAUUAAAAAAAAAUACCCCGUAACAUCCCAGUACUCAAAAAAAGGGACAUUUUUUAUAUGAGAUAUCAAUAACGAGUUGGCUCAGCCGGGACUUGUUGGGAGAUUUCGCCGGAGCAUUUUCGGACCAUCUGGAAGAAGAAAACACGGUGGAGAGACUUGUUGCUUCAACACGUUUUGACGGUGCUUUUAAAAAAAAAAAAACCGCCAUCGAAGUUUUUGUGUCUCUCCCUAGUCUGCUCCAGGCUUCUGCUUGGAGAGCCCAACUGCCACCAUUGAUCCCAGCAGCUGGAGCGGCAGCGAGAGCCCUGCCGAGGACAUGGAGAGGAUGAGCGACUCGGCAGACAAGCCCAUGGACAACGAUGCCGAGGGGGUGUGGAGCCCCGAUAUUGAACAGAGCUUCCAGGAGGCCCUUGCCAUCUAUCCUCCGUGUGGACGCAGGAAGAUCAUCCUCUCUGAUGAGGGAAAGAUGUAUGGUCGAAAUGAGCUGAUAGCCAGAUACAUCAAGCUCCGGACCGGGAAGACGAGGACUCGGAAGCAGGUGUCUAGUCACAUACAGGUCUUAGCAAGAAAGAAAGUUCGAGAAAUCCAAGCUGCCAUUAAGGUACGUCUGGCUUUGCCCAGUUGCAGGGGGCUUUUCAUUGCCAUGGUUACAGGCUCUUCCUUUGUUUUCCUCCCCUCCCCUACCCCGCAGGUGUCUAGUCACAUUCAGGUUCUUGCCAGAAGGAAAUCUCGUGAGUUUCAUUCCAAGCUAAAGGUUACGAGCAUGGACCAAGCCGUGAAGGACAAAGCCCUCCAGAGCAUGGCCUCCAUGUCCUCGGCUCAGAUCGUCUCUGCCACGGCUAUUCACAACAAGCUGGGCCUGCCAGGCAUCCCGCGCCCAGCCUUCCCCGGAGCAGGGUUAUGGCAGGGGAUGAUAUCAGCCGGUCAGCCGGGAUCCUCACAAGAUAUUAAGCCUUUCACCCAGCAAGCCUACCCCAUCCAGCCAGUCACAACAACCAUCUCAAGUUACGAGCCCACAGCCGCUCCGGCCCCCACAGCACCAGCAUGGCAGGGACGCUCCAUCGGCACAUCUAAACUCCGACUGGUGGAGUUCUCCGCCUUCCUCGAGCAGCAGAGAGACCCCGACUCAUACAACAAGCACCUAUUUGUACAUAUCGGACAGACGAAUCAUUCGUACAGCGACGCCCUGCUGGAGUCGGUGGACAUCCGUCAGAUUUACGACAAAUUCCCAGAAAAGAAAGGAGGACUGAAGGAGCUGUACGGAAAAGGUCCCCAGAAUUCCUUCUUCCUUAUAAAAUUCUGGGCUGAUUUGAACUGCAACAUUCAAGACGAUACUGGAUCUUUCUACGGAGUGACGAGUCAGUACGAGAGCUCAGAGAACAUGACCAUCACAUGUUCAACUAAAGUCUGCUCCUUCGGCAAGCAGGUGGUGGAGAAAGUGGAGACUGAAUACGCGCGGUUUGAGAACGGACGCUUCGUCUACCGGAUAAGCCGAUCUCCCAUGUGUGAAUACAUGAUCAACUUCAUCCAUAAACUAAAACAUCUGCCAGAGAAAUAUAUGAUGAACAGCGUUCUGGAGAACUUCACGAUCUUAUUGGUGGUGACGAAUAGGGACACCCAGGAGACGCUGCUAUGUAUGGCGUGUGUGUUUGAAGUGUCAAACAGUGAGCACGGCGCCCAGCAUCAUAUCUACAGACUGGUAAAGGAAUGAGAGGCUCUGAUCCCCCUCAAUCCCCCCAUCCCCACCCCCCCAUCCCCCUCUUUUCAAGGACUUACCAACCUCAAGACAAGUGGCAGUGCCUCUACCUGAAAGUCACACCUACAAUGCUUUUUGGUCAUGGUAUUGGGUGAAGUCAGUUGUUAUAAAUUUGUUUUAAUAUAAAGUGUUUGUUAUUUGACUGCAGCUGUGAAUUGCGGUACAGUUGUUUUAUGUUUAAAUGCGGGAAUCCUCGUUUUAAAUAUGUUGAGUUGGUCUCCGUUGGGUAUAAAUGUGGCCGUUUUUAAAGAAUUUACUAGACUCAUUUGGUAAAUGAAAAAUAUGUGUGUCGUCUUCUUCUGCUUUGUUAUGUAGACUUCAAAAAAAAAAAAAAAAAGGAUGCUGGCCUUUUCUUUCAGCGGCCUGAUGUGGUCUGUGUAAUAUGUUUGAGUGUGUUUCGUGUGUCUGUAGUUCAUAAUUUGUGAGCGUACAUACUGUAGAUAUACAGACAUGCACCCACAGCCAAUAGAUUCUCCAAAGAAACUAAACUAACACAACACUGCAUAGACGGUUGGAAGCAAGUGGCUAUAAAUAUCACAGUUACUGCUCUUUCUUUAAAGAAAACUCAGCUUUCAGUCGUAUAUUUAUCCCUGUUGAAGCACUCCGAGUCUUAGACACUAACAGAAUGAAUGCACUGUGAAAAUACUACACUGUAAAAAAAAAAUCUGUUGC